CGCCAACAAGCGACCCGAAAUCCGGGGUACCUGUGUCACAUUACGUUGAUUUGCGUCUGACACCAGCCACGUCCGUUUGGCUGGCCUAUACAUUACAUAAUUUCCUUGGACCAAUUAAGCCCCGCGUGGGACUUGACGCUUUUUCUUUUUUUUUGUUGAGCUGGGGCGCUGCGACUAAGGCUUGGUCUUGAGUCCGGCGUCAUCGGGAGGCGAAAGCACGACGACACUGAAUGGCAAUCUUCUCAAUGUGGACACGGAGAUGUCACGAGAUGCUGUUUUGGUGGUCGGGUGACUUCUCACCUUGGCCGCCUAAUUUCCUUCACUAACCAAUUUUUUUCUCUGCUUCAACGAGUGCUGGGGGUAUCCCGGCUAUACGACGGCUUAUGACACUGUCUCUGUACUUCUGUCUCUUUUCUUUAUCCUUUCUGUCGACGCGAAAAGAGUGUUAUUGGUUUUCUUAUCACUUUCUCCCUUUUUGGAUUGCAAUUAUAUCAAAAUUCAUGGGCGGCUCAAAGGAUUUUUGUUUUCAUGCCUGAGAAUAGGCUUUUUGUUUGCAUGCCAAAAAAAUAUGUGGUUUCUGUCUGUUUUUUUGUUCCUAUUUAGUUUUCAGUUUGUCCUUUUUUUUCAUUGCGCUAAAAUUUGUUGUAAAAGGGGGAUGAGAGUGGAUAAUUGGCUAAGAUUUGGGCAAAUAGGCAUGGAAUGGUUUUUACGAGAUGGAAAACGGGAUCGAAUCUGGGCUGAAGUAGAAGGAUGCGUCGUUUGUACAUAGGAAUACACAGCACAAGCAAACGAAAUACAAGAUAAAACAUGG